AUGGGCCGGCCGUGCGCCUCGUGGUCUCGGGCGCUGCUCGCCACCGGUGCGGGAGCAGGGGGCGACGGCUGCGGCGUCGGAGGCGGCCGCGAAGAGGCGGUCUUUUCCUUCAGCGCCGCCGCCGCCGCCGCCGGGAAGGCGAUCACCCUGGUGAGCUCGGAGGGGAAGCCGUUCAAGGUGUCGGAGGAGGCGGCGCGGCUGUCGACGGUCCUCGCCGACAUGAUCGACAACGGCUGCGCUGGCGGCAACAUCCCGCUACCCAACGUCACCGCCAGGGCCCUCGUCACGGUGAUUAAGUACUGCGACAAGCACGCCGCCGCCGCCGCCGCCAAGCCCGACGCCGACCACGGCGCCGCGGAGGGCAGCAACAGCAGCACCAGUGUCAACACCGCGGCAUCCGAGAAGACGCUGGCUGAGUGGGACAGCAAGCUCGUCGACAACCUCACCCUGGACGCCCUCUACGACCUCCUCCUCGCCUCCAACUUCCUCGACAUCAAGGGGCUCCUCGGUGCCGCCAGCCAGAAGGUCGCCGACAUGAUCAAGAGCAAGACACCGGCGCAGGUCCACACGAUCUUCGGCAUCACCAACGACUUCACGCCGGAGGAGGAGGAGGAGAUCCGCAUGAGAACCCCUGGGCUUACGAGGACGAGGAGCCUUGAUUCGAAGCCAUUGCUGCGCCAACAUCUCAUUGGAUGUGCCGAUGAGCCGAUCUACUGCCAGCCAACGCCUCCCCGCACCCCCCGGCUCGCGUAUAAAGCAAAGCAACGCCGCCACCCAGGUCCCCCAACCCGAUCAUUCCAUCCGUGCCCAGAUCAAUCACUCGACGCCGUGAGAGCGCCUAGGCGAAGCGAGGGUUUCGUCCUUGAGCGUGCGAGAGCGAUGGCGGUGGGGAAGAGAGAGACGGGAGCGGCGGAGGUGGAGAAGGGAGAGUCGGUAGCGAUGGCGGCGGGGAAGGGAGAGAAGGGAUCUACGGUGGUGGAGAAGGGGGAGAAGGGAUCGGUGGUGGCGGAGAAGGGGGAGAAGGGAUCGGCGGUGGAGAAGGGAGAGAAGGGUCCGACGGUGGCGGAGAAGGGGAAGGGAGUGGCGGAGGAGGAGGCGGGGAAGGAGGUGGCCGACGGGGAUAUGAUCACCCUGAAGAGCUCGGAUGGGAAGGCGUUCGAGGUUUCGAAGGAGGCGGCGGCGCGGCUGUCGACGGUCCUCUCCAAGAUGAUCGCCGGCGGCUGCAGCGACGGCUGCAUCAAGCUCGAAAAGAUCGGCUCCGAGACCCUCGAGAAGGUGGUGGACUACUGCAACAAGCACGCCGACCCCGUCCCCAGCGCCGCGUCCAGCAGCAGCAGCAGCUUCCUCACCGCUCCAUCCAAGGAGCUGGAGGAUUGGGACCGCAAGCUCGUCGACUGCCUCAGCCAGGACGCCCUCUUCAACCUCACCGAGGCCUCCGACUCCCUCGUCAUGGACGGGCUCCUCGACCUCACCUGCCGCAAGAUCGCCGACCUGAUGAGGGGCAAGACCAUCGCUGAGAUGCGCAAGAUGUUCAACAUCAAGAAUGACUUCACAGAGGAGCAGGAGGAGGAGAUUCGCCGGGAGUACGCCUGGGCCUUCGGCGACGCCUAGGAGCCUUUGGGUCCACUUCACGCUGCGCUAACAUCUCACUGGAUCUGCCGGCCUAGCGGUUCCGUUCUACUGCCUCGAUCCUUUCUUAGUUGCGUACAUCGUGCGGUGGUUUCUCGACUUGCUUCUUAGUAGUAGUUCAUAGUUGUUCGGAUAGGUUCAGGUCAAGUAUUCGGUCGUAGCAAAGUCUGUUCAUCCUGUCGAAGAGAAACAGGAUCGAAUGUGUGGUGGAAGUUUUGAGCUGCUUGCAUGAAGUGAUGAAUGAACAUAACAUCCUGAAUUGCCUGUCAUUUCUGAUCGAUUCCAUGCAACCGCUCUAUGUCUGUUAAAUGUGUUCUGAUCAAUCAUGUUGUGGCUAG